CAGCCAUCAUCGGCCUUUGCGCUUCCGCUCUCGCUUGCGUAUGUACCCGUCGCCAUGAGUCUGAAGGGCAUACAGAAGGCGUUCGCACGCCUGCCGCAGAUGAUCAGCUCCCAGAUGGGCCACUCCGAGGCCACGCAGGACGCCGAGUAUCACGAGCUCGAAGAGCGCUUCAAGCAGCUCGACGCGCUGAUCCGCAAGAUCAACGACGAUACCCGCAAGUUCAAGGACUCGCUCACCUCCGCGCUGGGCUUCGAGGAGAAUGUAGCAAAGACCAUGGUAGAGCUCUACGAGCCCAUCACAGGACGUCGCUCGUCGGCCACCGAGCACGAAGCCGCCCAGUCUGUCGGCGACAGCAAAUCCGGCCUGAUCGCGCAUUCCCCUGAAUCCGCCGAGUCUCUCCAGCGGGUGCAGGACCUGGCUGCUGCCCUGGCCCAGGUGCGACAGGAGAUCACACCCGAGCUCGAUCGACUGGAGCGGCUCAUCAUCGGCCCUGCAGCUGACUACGUCCAGAUGUUUGACGAGGUGAAAAAGUUCAUGAAGAAGCGGGACCACAAGAUGCUCGAUUACGACCGCCAUCGCGACGCCGUCAAGCGCCUGACGGCCUCGGAGCGGGAUGUGAGCGCCGAGAAGAAGCUGGCCCGGGCCGAAGCCGACCUGGAGGAGGCCACCAGGCUCUACAACAACCUCCACACCACGCUUAUGCAGGAGCUGCCGCACUUUUUCGCGCUGGCCAUCCACUUUAUCAACCCUUCCUUCAAGGCGCUCUACUGGUGCCAGUACAGGUACUACCACAUUGUCACGAGCGCCUUCGAGGGACUGAAUGUUCCCCACCAUCUCAAGAGCUCGCUGACCGUCCUGGAGGCUUUUGAGCCGAUGGAGCAGCAGCAGAUCGAGCUGCUGGGCACCCUCAGUAUCCCACGUCUGCGCAAGGUCAAGAGCGCAACCUCCGCUGAGCUUGUACCGCCCGCAUCCGCCGCCGCUGGAGCCGCAGGGGAUGCCCGCGCGCCCUCGACAGCCUCGGCGGGAUUGGCGAGAUAUGCCACGGCCCCGAAAUCGACGUUCCCGGGCUCGCCCUCCGAAUCCAACCCAUGGAGCCAGCCGAACAGCGGCCACUACACGGCCUCUCCUUCCGCCGCCGUUCCGCCGCCUCGUCCUCCCCGCGGGCCUGCGGCGAAUUAUGUGACUGCCCUGUAUGACUACCAGGCCCAGGCAAACGGCGACCUGUCUUUCAGCAAAGGCGACCGCAUCGAGCUGAUUGAGCGGACCGAGUUUGCCAACGACUGGUGGAAAGGACGCCUGAACGGCAACACGGGAGUGUUCCCCGGCAACUACGUCCAGGAGUUGUAAAGCGCUUUGAAUACACUUGGACCAGCACCAUA